AUGGACCUUGCCCUCAACCUGCAACUCGAGGAACUAAGUAUAGUUGAGACUUACAUUGCCGACCACAGGUUCGGACUUCAUGUCCUCUUCGAACCAGAGCCGAAUCAGGAGGAACUCGAACGUACUCUUGAAGCAGUCAUUCUGCGCUACGAAGCCAGGGCAGCACUCUUGACUUGUACAGGUUGCGAGUCACUCUUCACCAGAUACCAAAGCUUCAAGGCUCCCUGUGACCUCCACUACUACUGCCGCGAAUGCCUGGCAAACUUGUUCGAGUACACCAUCGGAGACGAAUCGCUGUACCCGCCAAAAUGCUGCGACCAGGAGAUCGUCUUCGACAAUGUGAAGACACUGCUCGACGACAAGCUAGUCGCAAGAUACGCGGAUAAGAAGAUUGAGUACGAUACGGAGCCUGACAAAAGAACCUGCUGCUGUGGUUCAAACUGCAAGACAUUCGUUCCUGAGACCAAUGUCCAAGACGAAGUUGCAACAUGCCCCGACUGUGGCAAAACAACCUGCACCAUCUGCAAGGAAGCAGCACACCGUGGCGACUGCCCCAAAGACGAGGAUACACAAAGCUUACUCGAGCUGGCCGACAAGGAAGGCUGGCAGCGCUGUUACAACACAAAAUGCCAUCGUGUGAUUGCUCUCACAACCGGCUCCAAUCAUAUAACAUGUGUAUGUGGCGCUCAAUUCUGCUAUGUGUGCGGUGCUCGCUGGAGGACUUGCUCUUGCCCUCAGUUCACUGAAGAGUACCUUCUGGCAGGAGUUACCAGGCCUAGGAAUGCUGGUUAUCGUUUGUAUCAACCACCUCAGGAGUGA